GUCACUCUAACCUGCAAGGUAUUAUACAUUAGAGCGGAAACUCCGUUGCACAUGGCGCAACUUAGCGAGAGCGACGAUCCAAACCACGUCGUUUCAUCUCCAUACUCAACCCAUGAAGCCACCUUCACCAAGAGGCGGCCAUCGACUAUCUCCACCGAAACCCUAACAUCACCAUCAUUACCCACUCUUCCCUUCGACGUUCUCGCAGAAAUUCUCUGCAUGCUCCCCGUGAAACUACUCCUACAACUCCGCUGCCUAUGCAAGUCCUUCAACUCCAUAAUCUCCGAUCCCAAAUUCGCAAAGAAACACCUUCGCCUGUCAACCCCGCACCACAACCUCAUUGUAAGCUCCACCAAUUACUUAAACCAGCUCCUUCUCUUUGUGUCCCCGAUCCCCUCAGUUUUUUCAACCUCUACCGUCACGCAGAGACUACUCACGUACCCUAAAACCCUAACACAAGAAUACGGCGCUCCUUUGGAUGUAUGCUCAUGCGACGGCAUCCUUUGUUUAACGCUAGAUGAUAGACACAGACACGCUCUUUUGUGGAACCCUUCCAUUGGAAAAUAUAACAAGUUGCCUCGUUUGGAAACUACGCACAAGAGAAAUUCUUUUUCCUUAUAUAGCUUUGGGUAUGAUCCUUUCAUAGAUGAUUAUAAGGUUUUUGUUGUUUCUUUUUGUGACAAAUACAAUUACAGUGAAGUUAAUGUUCAUGUUAUGGGUACAAUGUCUUGGAAAAGAGUCGACAAUUUCCCGUAUUGUAGCUCGAUUCGUCGAUCGGGGGUGUUUGUGGGUGGGGCUGUUAAUUGGUUGGCGUUUGAUAAGAUGAGUUCUUGGCGUGCUAUUGUUUCUUUUGAUUUGAAGGAUGAGUUGUAUCAGACGCUUUUGCAGCCUGAUUUGGAGAAUGAUUUGUGGACGUUGGGGGUGGCGAAGGAUUGUCUAUGCAUCUUUGCGAGUAGUCAAAUAUGUUUGGAUGUUUGGAUUAUGAAGGAAUAUGGAAAGGAGUCUUGGAUUAAAUUGUGUAGUGUUCCUUACAUCGAAAAUCGGGGUUUGUAUGCCUAUACCAAGGCGCUGUAUAUUUCUGAGGAUGACCGAGUGUUGAUGGAUUUUCAUGAGUUGAGAAGUGUUAACUUGAAGUUGGUUGUUUAUGAUUCCAAAAAUGAUACUUUGAAGAUUCCCGAUAUUCAAACCAUCAAUCAUUGGAUGGACCCAGAAGUCUAUGUUGAGAGUUUGAUAUCACCUUGUUCUUGAUGUCAAGAUAUGCAAAUGCAAAUUUGAGCAUGACAUUCAAAUGCAUGUUCUGAUUACAUGUGACUUGUUGGAUCAUUGUUAGUUAUUGAUAGAUGAAAUAUGCAGGUAACAAACUAUUUAAUUUCAUUUAUAUAUUUGUAUAAUCACUUUUAGCCAGAAUUUGAGACAAAACUGCCAUCAAUUUCAUUAAUUAAUUACAGACUGUACUUGACCAAUUAAUAAAUAUAUUCUGUCAUACAUCUUUUCUGAUGAAUAAUAGUAAAACUGUUUAAUUCCAUGAUUUUUCAUUUUGAAGCCAAGUAUUUUACAGGUGUAUGUAUAUUGAACUAAUUCUUGUUGUUAUUGAUUUGUUGUAUGCAUUUUGCACAAUAAACAAAUAUCCGGGUACAAUUUUGCUACAUAAGUUUUGUGAAGGAAGAAUGCAGAUUGGUUUUGGGAAUUGAGAGAGAUCUAGUAUAAGCUGCAGGCAAUGACACAAACUUCUCAGUUCGUCCUACAUAAGCUCGUUUUGUCAAAUUGUCGUAAUCGUUGUCUUCAAUUGCAUCUAAGAUCUUGCGAUACAAUAUUAAAGACGACCAAACCUGCAAAUCACACAUAUAUCAAACUGUUUCACAUGUAUGCAUGAUAUCAUAUAUAAUGUACUAAUAGGUAUGCAUAUGACAAUCUUAUAAAUCAUCAUUUGAUUCAACACAGUUCUUCUACGUAAUAAUCAAACGACUAUGAUUGAUCGAUACUGUAAAAUAUACAUACCGGCCAACGGCUGGCCUUGUCAAGGUGAGAAGCUCCUUCUUCUGCAGAAUUGAAGUAGAAUCUUGCCCUUGCAAUCUGCUGUUUCAUAAACUCCUUCCAUCUUUCACUCACCUUUCUUGAGAAUACAUCUUUGUCAGAUAAACCAAACUCACCAAGUUCAUCUUGUGGAAGAUACACUCUACCUCUUAAUGCACUAUACUCAAACAAAAAGUUGAUAAAUCUUUAGUAAAUAUCAUAUAUAACAUAAAAUAAUUCAAAAGAAAAAGUGAACAUCAAUUAAGUGAAGCAGAUCAAUUAGAAUCAUGAACUUACUCCUCCCCUACAUCUCUAAGAAUGUUUGUGAGUUGAUUUCCAAUACCAAGAUAUAAUGCUGAUUUAUAUACACUUUGAGCAGGAAUGACAGACUCCGGCGCGAUUCCCAUUACCGGAACACUCAUCAACCCAACAGUUCCCGCCACAUAGUAGCAGUAGAGAUAUAAUUCUUCGAAAUUUUUGUAUCGGGUUUUUCUCGUAUCCAUUCUCAUACCUUCUAUCAUGUCCCUAAAAGGCUGUAAUCAAAGACAAGUCCUGUCUCAUUAGUUGAAUUACGGAAAAAAUAAAAUUUAUCUAACACAUAUUUCAUAGCUAAUUCAACUUUUUUCCGCAGUAUCUGAUUAAGAAAGUAUGAGAAUUGAUUGUUAACGAGUUUUAGUUGUCACCUUAAUAUCCAAAGGAAACUUGGAAAUCGUAUCGGUAAGAGUAGCAUCAAGCAUAUCAUAGGGCUGUCCAUUGAAAAUGUCAUUCAAUCUAUCUUCCCAUCUAUCAAGAACAGCAGAGCUCAUAUAAUCAGCAUUAGGACCAUCCACCAACUCAUCCGUCCUCC